AUGCUCUUCGAAGAUGUGACUACCAGCGAUGAGAAGAGCAAGGGCAAGGGGAAGGAGACGUACGCGUUUGAAACUCGAAACAUUAACGCUAUUCGACGAUACUGGGAGUACAAAUUCAUCAUAGGCAGCGCAACGGCCAUUGAGCCUACGAAAAGGUUGCGCUUUGUGGUCAAUCUCGAUCGGGAUAUGGCAAAGGACAGCCAAACAUGGACAGGCAUAAGCACCAUCAAUAGGUUGCUAGAGAUGAUGCAGCUUGGAAGAGAAAUCUCCUUGUCUCAGAGAGCCAUGGAUUUUGGCAAGUUGACUGUCGACGAGGCGACGCUCCAGAGAGCUCUUUACACCUUGAAGCCUUCUGAGAUUUGGCUGGGGCCAAAGAAGCAUGAUUAUGCUAUUGCUAGUCGGGAUAGAUUCGCAACAUUGCUACACAAGGCGAGACUUGGGACCAUUAUGUGGGCUAACGGCAAUGACGAGGUCUAUGAAAAGGAGCUUGGCGUGUCUAUGCAUUGGGAGAGUCCUUAUGCCACGGGGGUUUGGAAGGUGACUAGAUAUGGUGAGGUUGUAGCUGGUUCAUCUGAGGUUCCGUGUAUAAGUGGAUUGACGUGGCAGGAGGGCCUUAAGCUGAGGCUUGAGGCGCUAAUGGAGGCUCUAAGUCAUAUUAUCGAAUCAUGA